AAUAAAUAAGACAGUACCACCAUUACAGUGACAGUUCUGGACAAUGGUUAGAUUAUCACUCUUCAUUCUUCUCUUAAACUUCCUAUUACAGGUCCAUGGGGUUCCAGUGGCUGGUGUCGGCUAUAACCGUUGUUGUCAGCUAGCUGGUACAGAAUAUAGCCCUUGUUGUCAAAACUUGCAAUGGUUUACAGAGGUAGGUCCUGAUGGAGUACCACGUGAAGUCCAGCUAACGAUGGAGGAAGUCCAAAGACGCCUCCGGGAACAGAAAUCUCAGGGAAACAUCCACAUAAAUUAUCACGGGGAAUCAGGUCCCGUGGGAAUAGAAGAGACGCCGGAAGAAGAGAAACAAAGACUAGAACUUGAGAGACUGGAAAAAGAAAAAUUAGAGCAAGAGAAACGAAUAAAGGAACUGGGAAAAAAAUUAGCAGAAGAGAAGAAAAUAAAAAAGCCAGCGGUAAAGACAAAAACAACACAGAGACGGCCAAACAGAAUCAGACGGCCAAACAGAAUCAGACGUCCAAACAGAAACAGAAAUCCAAACAGAAGACUAACCCUGAGAAGAAAUACUCGUCCACCUGUCUCGGAAUUACAGCGUACACGUGAUGCCAGACUUGCCAGAAAUAGAGGACCUCCAAACGUUAAACCAGAAAAGAAACCAGAGAAAAAAGAAAAGUCGAAGAGGCCUAGGGGGUUAAUUCCGCGAUGGAUUGAAUCAAACCGGAAGUUGAUAAAUAGAGUAAGGGAGAAGGGCUUUUUUGGAUAAACAUUGAGGGAUGGGAACAUGAUGUUUUGUUAUUCAAGUACACAGUGGAAAAAAUUGUUGAUAAUUAUAAUAAAACAUUUAAUAUUAUUUAAUUAUACUUUAGAUAGAAGCAAUUCUGCAAAUGUUUAUAGUUGUUGUUCUCGGAUUUGUACAAUACUUUAAACUUAAGUAUUAUCGAUAAACCUAAUGGGGCAGAAA